CAAGUCGAUCUUGUUUUCUUUUGGUUUCAUUUAAUUUUUAAUUUUUUGUUUGUCAUAAUUAAUUUUACUCUAAUUAAAAUUGAUUGUUUAUUCACUUGAUUAACUGUUCUAAUUAUCACUAUUAUCAACAUGUGGUUCUCUGGGAGUGUUUCUGAGGCUGUGGAUAAAUCUAAAAGAGAGAAAAAAUUGUUCAUGGUUUUUAUUGAAGGCAAGGAUGAUGUGUCAAAAAAAAUGGCUGAAAUGUUGGUUAAUCUUCGAGAUGAUAUACUUACUGUGAUGAAACGAGAGGUUGUAUCAUUUAAGGUUGAAGAUGGUACAGAAAAUUGUAAAUUAUUUGGUCAAAUUUAUCCGAUUCUUAUGGUUCCAUCGGUUUACUUUAUCAGCAACACUGGUGUUAACUUGGAAGUCAUUGCUGGUCAUGUAACAGAACAAGAGUUUAUGAAUAGUCUUGAUAAGGUUUUACUUGUUCAUAAAACAAAUGUAAUUGUACCCUCACCAAUUGUAUCACCCUCAGUAGCGACCCCGUUGACACAAGUUCAACCAGCCAUGGAACCAGUAUCACCAGUGUCAACUUCAACGACUGGAGACAAAGUAGAAACAAGUUCUGGUGAAAAUAGUCAACCCAAAUUAGAUGAAAAGGUUGCCAAAGCUCAACAAUUGAUUGAACAAUUGAAAUUGAAAAAAGCUAAAGACGAUGAAGAAAAGGCCAGACAACAGGAAUUGGAACGAAUAAGAUCUGGUAAAGAAAUGGCUAAAGCAAAGGCCCGAAGAGAGGAAUUAGAAAUGGCUGAACUUGUAAAGGAAAGAGAGAAAGAAAAAAGAGAAGCAGCUGAAGCUCGUAAACGUAUUUUAGCCCAAAUUGAAGCCGAUAAGGAGGAAAGACGACAGCGUAAUGAACAAUUUCGAGUCAACAGUUGUUCUAAAAGUGAUCCUCAAUCAGGAACCAGUAGUACCCCAACUCCAAGUAUAAAAACCAAUGUAAAUGAAGCUAGAAUUCAAUUUCGAUUCCCUGAUGGUUCCUUUAAAAAUCAAACAUUCGGUGCUGACGAUCCACUUUGUGCACUUCGUCAAUUUGUCAUCGACACCUCAGCUUAUCGUAACUUUACCUUAUCUACUUCAUAUCCUAAAAGGCUUUUCACUUCUGACGAUUUAACUAAAUCACUCAGAGAUUUAGAGUUAGCACCAAGCUCAGUAUUGCUCGUCCUGACAAGUCCAUCAGUGGUUUCCAAAGCAUCAUCAUUAGUCUCGACCAAUUUGUUCCUUCAAAUAUGGCCACUCAUUAUGACUCCAAUAUAUUGGAUUUGGACAUUUAUCACUAGUCUAUUCAGACCCCCUCCUCCUCCACCUCCUCCUGCUCCCAAUCGAUUUUCUCGAUCACCAUCAUCAUCUUCACAAGAUCAAGGAGAUCCACUAGAAAGAAAACGCGCCCUUGAAGAGGAACGAGAAAAACGAUUAGCAAAACGACAGAAAGAAAGUAAACUUUUAAAUCGAGAUGGAAACGUUGCUCAACUUCGAGACAAUCGCGAGGACAAAGACAACGAAGACGGAACUUGGAAUGGAAACUCAACUCAGCAAAUGUAAUCGAUCAUGAACCUUAAACAAGAGACUUUGAAAUCUCCUUCAAUCCCUGAGAUUUUCGCGAAAAUUGCAAUUUAAAGGUCAACAAUUAAGUUUAAAUUAAGUCUAAAUUGUGAUACAUCAACAGUGGUUAAUUAAAAGACAACAACAGAACUUAUCAUCAAAAGUUACGUUGUUGGAUCAAUUGGUGAUGUAAAGUGGUUGAUCACAAUUUAAACACCAAUUAAGGGUUGAAAGCCUUUACAAUUAGUAAUUGAUUCGUCUCUAAAAAGAAGCAAUUUAUUGUGUAAACAUAAUUUUUAUUUCUCAUUUGAUUUAUAUGUCAAUCUAAUUUCACCUCAAUUUGAUUGUUACCCUGUUUCCGUUUACUUUUUUCAAUUUAUACUCUAUUCCCAUUCACCUUUAAAUCCAGAGUUGAAGCAAAUUAAUUAUGAUUUAAUUUUCAAGCCUUUAAUUGCUAUAAAAAAAAAGUGAUAAGAAAAAGAUUGUUUUAAUUAUUGUAUUAAUAUAUUGUAAUCAAAGGACGAGAACAAUAACUAAUUAAUCUGCAAUAAAUUGUUGAUCGAGUUCAAAAAUUAUUUGGAAACAUAAAAAUAAAUAGAAAGACAAUCAAAUUAAAUUAUAGAUUUAUUUUUAUUAUUUUCAUCUCUAUUUUCAUUUUAAAGUAUUCAAAAAUUAAAGAUUGACAGUGAAACAAUUUAA